GCUUUCGGCACCAGCACCGGUCACGCCACCUGCGCCCAGGUCCAAGCCGGCACCUCCGUCACCCGAGCCGAAGACUGUACCCAUCUACUACCCGCCGGAAGUCCGCCCUUACACAGGCCAGGAGCUGCGAGACGGCCUCAAGGUCUACAUCGCCACGCCAGCGUACGGUGGACAGGUGACGGUGGACUAUAUGACCUCGGUCAUUCAUAUGGUGACGCAGCUCAAAGAGGUUGCGUGGCAGUUGUCCCUGGUGGCAGGGCAGUCCAUCAUCACAGUUGGCCGCAACAAUGCGGUAAUGGAGUUUUUGGCGACGGACUGCACCCACCUCCUUUUCCUGGAUGCGGACGUCGCCUUCACUGUGGACACCAUCCGUGGUAUGCUGGCGGAAGACAAAGACGUCAUCCUCGCCCCGUAUCCUGCCAAGAGCCUCAACGAAGAGAGGAUGUUGGAGGCGGCGGCACGGCGCGGCAGCGCCGCGAGGCUGCGCGAUGGCCUGCACUACGUGCUCCAUGCCCACCCGGGCAAGGUGCAGGAGGCCCUGGAGCGGGGCUCGAAGCUGGUCGAGGUGGAUGCUGGGCCGACCGGCUGCAUGCUCAUCAAGCGGGAGGUUUUCUCCAAGCUGAUGAAGGCAUAUCCUGACAUGCACUGCCGAAUCACUGGCUCCCAUGCUGGCCGGGCGCAAUGCUACGAGAAGUGGUGGCGCUUCUUCGACACGGCCGUGGAAGAUGGCGAAUUCCUCGGGGAGGAUAUCGCCUUUUGCCGGUUGUGGCGGAAUGCCGGGGGCACUCUUUGGGCCGAUCUCGGCGCUACGAUGACCCAUGUGGGGCGCUACGCUUACAUGGGGAACAUGUUGGAAGGAGGGCCUCUGGAAGACCUUUGCCCCAAAUGA